UAAUGAGUGGUUAUAUAUUUUCGGUUCGUCAAAUCUUUACGCGUAUUGUGAAGUUUUGGAAUAAGAUGAGAAAAUAUCUAGUGCAAGCUACACACGGUUCGACGGAACGAGUUUAAUAUGUGAAAAAAGUAUCUAUUCGUGCAAACAAUGCAAAUGCACUUUUCUCAGCGCAGUGCAAACGAUCGUAAAUUGAUUUUUUUAUUGGAUUAGGUCUGGUGGAAAAUUUGUGGGGAAUUUUCACUUUUCGGAUCAAUGUGGAUGUACGGUGAGCUGUGAAAGCGGCGGAUGUCCAGAUUUUCUCAACAGGAAUGUCUUAGUGCCAAUCAGAAUAGAAAGAGAACUUGUUUUGUGUGAUUACUGGUGUAUGUGUGUUAGUGAAUACGACGGCGGGUAUUGUGUAGUUUUCUCAGUUGUAAAUUUACCACAGUGUACGUGCAGAAAAGAAACAUUUCCAAAUGUUUACAAAAGCUACACGGCGUUACCGGAACGAACAGGAGUAAAAGCUCUCUGUCUCUUCGUAGGCAGAAUUUGCCAUCUCCGCGCGCGGCAGCCAAACGUCAGCACACUUCUCAUCAGCGAGCUAUUAGUUUUCGUGUUUAGUAUUUAAACCAACCAACUGCCGCCUCCUUACGGGCACACCCUGCCCUCCUCCUGACGACUCAAACCUCAGACGAAAAUAUGUCCAGCUGGGCGCAACGAAUGCACCGUCGUGCGGCAACCCUCGGCAGUGUGGUUACCUCCUGUGGCCAUCCGGGUUCGCCCUAUCUGCAUCGGCUCGAGAAGGUCAAAUUCGGUGUCUCACUCGAUGAGGUGUGCAAAAAUGAUAUUCCCGGUCCUCUGUUGGUGCUGAUAUUGAAACUGAACAAGGAGGCUCCCUUCCGGAAGGAUGUUUUCCGUGCGCCCGGUCAUCAAGGCGCCAUGAAGAAAUUGAUUCACUUCCUACAGCAGGGCCGGUUGGUCAACGUGGAUAACUAUUCCGUGUACACGAUCGCCUCGGUACUGAAAAAGUUCCUCCGCAAAAUACCGGGUGGCGUGUUCGGGCGAGAUGGCGAAACGGAACUAUUCCAGAUUGUUGACAUCGAGGAUGAGCUGAUUCAGCAGGAGAAGUUGCACAAAUUACUAAUGUCACUGCCAGGCCACACACAACGCCUUCUGGUGUUACUGUUUGGUACCUUUCGGGUGAUAGCCAGCAAUUCGGAGCGUGCUGGUACGGGCAUGACUAGCGAGGCGCUCGGAGUCUCGGUGGCUCCAAGUUUUUUCCAAUCCUGCGUAAGCGACGGCAAAACUGCCCGGAUGGAGGACGUAAUGCGGUUUAAGGUGGCAACUAAGAUUAUGAAACAGAUGAUCGAACAGUUCGCAGCGUACGACCUGUUCGGGCGAGACAACUACGAGUACUACGCUCGGGUUACUGGUCGGGUCCUGCGGGUUCAGGAUGAGUGGAUCUGUUCGUUUCGCUAUCCACCGCCACCCAGGGGGAAAACUGCCCAGCAAAACUAUGCGUUAAAACUAGCUUUAGAAACCGAGAAAACCUGGCUCCAGUGUGAAUGCGAACGAUGGGGACUAAUCGCCCAGGAGGAAUCGCACUCGACACCGGCCCUGCUGACGACCGGUGGUCCCAACGUGUGCAACUCGGCCGUCUCCCUCGGUAUCAUUCCAGAGCACUCGCUGCUCGAAUCCUGUGCACGAUUGUCGGUGUCCCUCGAGGGUCCCGGCAUUUUUAACGUGCCGAAAUCGAGCUGUUCUUCGUCGUCGCACUCGUCCUCGUCAACGACCCGAUCCGGAUCGCAGCACCACAUGACCCUGGACGAACUACGAGCUGUCAACCGGUACGCCGAGAGUACCAAAAGUCUAUCCUACCUACCUCAGGUCCACGAACGGCAGGCGGCACGGAUGCGCACCCGAUCCGAAUGGUUUUUGGGAGCCCGCGGAGGUUCACUGGAGCUAUGCCAUGCACCCGACGGAGUCACCCUGAUGCAUACGCCGAUCGUAACGUCGACACCCAUCCCAGGCAGCAUCCUUGGUGGCGGUGCCGACAUCGCAGGAGGACCGGGACACGGACACCACCCGCACCAUGGCAUUAUCGUGGGAAACAUCGGUCUAAGCGCGUCGGCCGAGUCGGUGCACCAGGUGAAGCGGUCCAGCCGUCGUGGUUCCCGCCAUACCCACCUGCACCGGAGCUCGUCCCGGCGAAAUAAGGAAAAUGGCUCAUCACGGUCCAAUAGCUUCCGGAACAAGGUAUCGGCUGUGAAAUCCAGCGGCAACGGUUGUGUAGCGACAAGUACCGAUGUCACAAAUCUGGGGAACAACAACGGUAUCGAUGGUACCACGGUUAGCGAUUUAGUUUCGGCAAAGGAACACCACCGAAUCCGGAAACAGCGAGCUGUUUCAUUUGAGCAAACGUCAGCUCCUACGGGGACCACGAUAACAUCAUCAGCCUCCGGUUGUCCAGUUGUUGGGAUUGGCGUCAAUCAAAAAUGGCACGAGUUCAGCACUAAAUCAUUGGACGAGAAAAAACCACUCAGCAAGCAGAACAACUAUACUGCACUGAUCGAUGGGGUCGAUCUCCAGUUGGACAAUAGCACGAUCGCGGCUAGUGAAGGUUCUUCCGGUAUACCCCACUGCGACGGGGCCGAUAGUGACGGCGACUGGCACAUGGACCAUCAACCGCAUUCUACCGAUCUUGUUCCGGUCCAGAAACAGCAGCCUACUGCGAUCGACACAAUACCACACAGUUCGAUAUUACACCAUAUGAAGCCACCACGAAUAUGAUUCUAAGGUAAAUAGCAUGUUCAAGAGGAGUGACAGGGUUCAAGAUUCGCAAUUUUUUUAUAUACGCGUUUUGUAUAAGGAAGAACUGAACAUUACUGGGUGAAAAAAGUGAAAUAAACCUCGGCCGAGUUUUGUGCUGGUACUAUUGGAAAAGUUACGAAUGACAUUGAAUUUAUAUUUAUUCCUGUCUGUAUUGUAUUAUCGUGCUGUUGAAUCUAUUCUAAAUAACAAUAGUACCAGCACGUCUGUUUUGUUUCACACAUCACAUUUCUAUAGGAUUGGUAUAUACCAUGCCAAAUUUCGAAAAAGUCAUCCAAAAAAUCUAAUGGCGUUUUCGUUUUUAAUUUGCAAUACACCGGUGCAGUGCUACACUGAGGCAUCAAUAAACGAACACAAAUGACGAAAACAUAAACAGUAACCAUUGACUACAAUAAACGAUUCCAUUGCACAGAGCUACACCAAACUUUUGAUGAGUGCUACACCAGUGGUAUCGGUGCAGAAAAAGUGUAGCACUGGUGUAGUGCAAUUGGUAAAAACGAACGGUUUCAGUGCAGUUUUCGCUGCACCAGUGUAGUGCAAUUUAAAAACGAAAACGACAUAAGUAAACUAGAUUCGUACAAAAGUUAGAUAAUGCAAUGCGCGGUCUAAAUCGGCGUAUUAAAACGAAGGCCAAAUUUUACAGUUUACCAUGUAAGUGAAAAGCGGGAAGUGGAUUUCUUCCUAUUUAAAAUAAACACAUUCUACCAAUUCACUGUCGUUGACGUAGGAUAAUGGAUGGCGUUAGGAGAGUAUACAUAUGUAACUGUUAGGCUAGAAUAAACCGAUAACAAUUUUUUUGUAACUAGUACGCUGAAGAACCGGUAACAUUGUUCAAAGUAUUACAUGUUCUUUUGAAAUGAUUUCCGUUCUCAUAAACUUAUAAUACAAUCACUUAGUAAAGCGAUCAAACAGUCAAAAAUAAUACCAGUCAACGUGAGAAUGUUCAUCAUGAAGCUCGUGAAACUGAAAAAAAGAGAUUUUCUACAAUCAUAAUAUUCUAAUAGCAUUCUUAAGAACAAAUAUUGCGUAAAGCAGUCAGCAGUCAAUCAAAUACAGAUGAUUAGAAUAGGUUUAUGUGGUAAGAGAAGGAAAACUGUCACAUUCCUUAGUUGUAUAUGAUUAGCUUAAUAUAGCGAAAGCGAUAAUUCUAAUUGCUCAACCAGUGGAAAUCAUACACAGAAUGUAGAUUUUUCUCCAAUCGCUAAUAAGGUGCGGUAAUCACAUCUCACCAUAAAAUCCAAGCGAAAGUAAAUUUGUCGGACGAGAUGAUCUGAAAAACCACAGAACCAACGAGCUCUCAUCCAAUCGGACUCACUAUCCUUCACUCAUUUAUACAAUACGUGUAAGAAAAACUAUCACCAAAGAUAAAUUCAACUUAGAAGAACUACUUCGAGGGUCCUUGUUGAAGUUUGGUAUAAACGCAAUCGAUUUUAUCAUGUUCGCUAAGCCAUGGCAUGAAUCGAAUCUAAAAUUGCUUACAUAGUGCAAAGCUGGUGUACGGUAAAUCGUGUUUUUGACUCAAUCUUGUGUUACAGUUUUACGUUUUAUAACGACGGGGGAAUCGCAUCCAUUCAAAUCAUUACGAAGUCGAUUCGAAUGGAUUUUGAGUAAAUUCCAAACCAAGUGUGAUGUUGCCAGCGGGUGUAAUCUCCGUAUAAAAUUCAAAAUCACUCUACAGCUAGUAUUAAGAUACACCUGCUUAAAGUUUUUUUAAUAGUCUUUUCUCUCAAAUGUCUACUAAAAAUGUGCAAACCAAGAGCAUAGAUUUUGUUGGCUGUGAUUUGUGUUCGUCUUGCAUCGAAUUCCAGAGGUGUAACGCAACGGUCCGUGGUGGUGCUAUAAUUUUUAAUCUGCGUUUUGUUGAAAGCGAUUUUUUCUCAAUGUAAAACGAAUUUUCUAAUUUGAAUUAGAAUAUAAUAUUAAGUACUCAAGAUUUACUAGAGUCAGUUUCAGGUUUCUUAAAAAAGCGACUUAACAUUGUAUUUCACCCAAACUCGCAUGAUCGCGCCAAGUCUAAUGGGCGAAUAAUUUCCAUUCAUGAUUCCUUGUGGUCAUCAAUUCCGAAUAAAGAGAGAUAAGCCGUACUAAAAUUAAGGUUGUUUUUUCUUAUUCUUCUUCUUAUUCACUUUCUGGUCGUUUUCUUGCUGAUUUUUGGCAUUAGUUUUUCCUAUGAACUUUUUCUAAAUAAAUCCCUAUAUCUGAAAAAAAACAUGAUUCGGAUACCAAGAACUAGUCAUCGAUCUGUUCAUACUAAAACGUCAGUAUAAAUGGUUGUAAUUCGUUUAUACUUGCUUAGCAUCAAUGAUGAACUUUUUUUGUUUCAAUUAUAGAGGUUUUAACCUUAAGGUCAUUCGCCUCUUCGGACCAGGAAAUCUUUCUGAUCCUAUGCCGGGGUUGGGAAUCAAACCCAGACAGGCUGCGUGAAAGGCAUUGACUAUACCCGUCCCCGAUUCCUGGGCCUGAUGUGCAAAGGAUAACGACAUACGUCACUUAACUUUCUCUCUAACAUUUUCAUAACGAGAAAAUUUAAACCCACUUAUAACAUCAAAGCAAUUGGGUUAUCGAGCAUUCGAGUAAGUAUUUAUUACUCAGUCCGUCGAAAAGACAAUCCCUCCAGCGGUCAUACAACUCUACUUUGUAAGAUUGAUUAUCUUCGAAAAUAUCCGUUUAAAUAAGGACUGUGCUAGAAAAAAAUGAAAAACAGACAAAAAUUAUCAAAGAAGAUAUUGGUUAUAUUUUUGAAAAGUUAGCACUCAAUUCUGUGUAACACUUGCGCCAUCUUUUUGACAUACUUUUAUCCACUUCAAAUCCUUAUCGUUUUGAGGACCUGCUGCUUUUCGUAGCUUUCCCUUUAUAAACGCUUAGAACUUUUCUGUUGGGCGAAGUUCUAACGAAGUUGUCGUACCUUACCUUUUUUGGUACCAAAACAACAUUAUUGGCUUCGUACUACUCCAUCAACGGCUUCGUCUAACGGCACAAUACCAGAUCGAACAAAAACAAAGUGCCAUUUUCGUGGGACUGAGGGAAGGCAAACAAGUGCUUCUGGAAGCAAUCUCCUUUAUAUAUUUGUCCGUUGAUGAUGUCGGUCGUUGUGCACGACUUUCUGAAUUUACCGCACACACAGAUCGCCUACCACACCACUUAUUGGCGAUCUUCUUCUUCCGAAACUUCUCCGGAAUAUCCAGAUGAGACCUGCCGACGAAAAACAUCAGUCCGGGUACCUGCUUGGUAUCUACUUUAAUGUACGUCUCGUGAUCCUCGUUUAUUGGUUCGAUGAGAACUAGCCCUGAUUUUCCACUACCGCGCAUAAAAUUUUUUGUUGUAGCUUUUGUUGUUCGGAAGCCAUUUCGAUAACUACUUUAUAGAUCGUAACGAAAUUUUUUUUUUAAAUAGGAAAACAAACGUUUGACCCUUUUAAAAAGACAGUCAAGAAUAAUUUUGGAAAAAAAACAAGGUGUCAAGUGGCUUUUUUGCGACAAAAUCUACAUGUUCAGUUACAAUUCAUCAGUUACGACUGUGAUGAAUGGAGAACAAAAAAAAACAAAUAUUAAUUAUAGCUGACUAAACUGAUGAAUUGUUUUUUUGCUCACACGAAAGGUGAGCAAAACAAAUCAAAUCUAAUCAGAUUUACAAUUAACUUGUUCCAACUAAUAUGGAAGUUUCUAGAUCGUUCUGAAUCCUCAAAUAAAUUUCAAAUGAAGAAAAAACAUCACAAGCUACCUUUCUCUUGUAAAUUCUCAUUUAAACAUACAAAACGGCUGACUGCUAGAACAAAUACCUGCAAAUAACCUACACGUUAAAAUGGUCUUAUACACGUUCUGGUCUAGUUUUUGGAAACAAUUUUGUUUUGUGAGUAAACAUUGAAAAAAGUAAAAAA